AUCCUUUGUUGAUCAUGAUUAUAAUGCAAACAAAAGAACAAUUAUGCAUAAUUCAUUUGUAAUUGUUCUUCGAUAUCCUCACCUAUUGCUUGAUGGCUAUGGUUGGAUAUUGUGCUGCUCAUGUGAUGCAAAUAGAAAGCAAUUUGUUGAAUCCCUACCUAAUAAUAUACAAUUAGAUCCUCAAAAAGAUAUACCAUAUCCCAGUUGCAUACAUGUAUUAGCAAUGGAAAAAUAUCUGGUUGUGUAUGAUAGAAAGUUUGGUACUGAAGCCAAAGAUUUUAUUGAAAAAAAAUCCACAUCCAUGAUGCAGUCUGUUUUCAGUGAUCAUUCCUACCAUGAGAUGCGACCUGAAGAAGUAUAUUUUGUUAAUAACUUUUUUGUACAAAUACACAUAUAGUUUCUCAACCUUCUAAUACCCCACAAUUUGUUACCAUACAUCCUGUGCCUAAGUUCAGGAGCUUCUAUAUAGCUAUUAGGGUGAUAGCCAACAGGGCAAAUUGAAUUUAUUUAUGACUAUUGAGGUAUACACAUUCAUACUCAAAUACAUACAUAGCCACAUACCUACAGUACAUACAUUAAGUAGUAUAAACUAAAUGUAUGAUAAAAAUAGUAAAGUCAUAUUCACCAUUUGCUUUACGUGCCUGAUAUAUAUAUUAAAGUGCACAUACAGCCUUUCCAAA